GUUCGGCCUCUAAAGACCGCGAAGGCUUCAGCUAGUGUUUGAUUCCUAUUGGUCAGAUUUACCACAUCACGUUCUUAGUACUCGGGCGGCUGAAGUUAGCGGGGCACGUGCCCUUUCCCUGUGUGACAGGAGCCCCGCCCCGCUUUGACGUGCCGGUGUGGAUAUGUAACUCCCCUCUGUUAGCGCAGAACUCAGCUGCGGAAGGUUCGUUUGUUUCUCUGAACUUUAGAUUCACUAACACGCGGCUCGUUUGGUUUAUUGCUUUGUUUGUUGUAGUUUAAACCGUUAAAGCAAAAGCUACAGCCGGGACACUUUACGGCAUGACGUGAAGUAGUGCGUGAGAGAAAGCACGUGCACUGAGCAGACUGCUGAUGGAGGAGGACUCGCCUCACGUGGUAGGGGUCAGUCUGUGUGACACGGCUCCCCUGCUGUGGCGAGUGGAGGACCUGCGGGCAGUGAGGGCUCAGGGCCUGGUGGGGGCGCUGCUUGGUGCACUGCCCCGAACCCCCCGACAGAACACCCGGCUGGGCCGCCCGCUGCUGCUGCUGCCGGAGGAGGAGGGACUGCUGACCGAGCGCCAUGCUGCUGCUAAUCGCAUUAGCGUACCUGCUGAUAACCAGGAUGGAGGGGGCGUGGAGCUCCACCAGCAGGAGCAGCAGAGGAGUUUUGAGGAACAGAGUGUGCUCGCUCUGCAGGACAGGAAGUCAGCGCUGCUCCGCGCCAUGACGUCCCCACGUAGUGAGUCUGCAGCUGGGGCCGUAGACGAGGCCCUGCGGGGUCGCAUGGAGUCCCUGGACCGGAACUUUACCCUCCCUCGCUCUGCUCUGGCAGUGCAGCUGAGCACAGCGAGGGCGGGGCUGUCUCACUGUCCCGAUGCCCGCACCUUCCUGCGGGCCGACCGGCCAAUCAGAGGACAGGAUGAGCCGCACGGCACCACCGCCAGGUACCAGGUGUUCAGAGACCUGAGGGGGCGGGGCUUCUACCUGACCUCGGCGGGGAAGUUCGGAGGUGACUUCCUGGUGUAUCCAGGUGAUCCUCUCCGGUUCCAUGCUCACUUCAUCGCAGUCUGUCUGUCUCUGGACGAGCCUGUGUGUAUGCUGGACGUCCUCGCAGUGUCUCGUCUCGGCUCCAACGUGAAGAAGACCGUCCUGCUCUGCUCGCCGAGGCCAGACGGGGGGGUCGUGUACACCUCGCUGCAGUGGAGCGGGAUGGUGUAGAGCAGUGGUCCGCAGACCGGUACCGGAACAGAAAGAUUUAAUAAAGAAAUAUUUUAUUUUGAAA